AUGGCGCAGGCCUCACAUCUCCCGGAGCAGCAUGGCCUAGCUGCCCACGUUGAGAAGUAUGAAGAAAAAGCUGCCCAUAGACUUGAAGAAGAAUUGCAUGUUGAAUCAGGCGCUAUUGCAAGCAAAUUAGAUCGCAAGAAAUGGGCCCACUUUGCGUGGGUUGAAUGGUCCAAUAUCGACCCGAUCCCCCAGGAGGAGCAAAAACUCAAGCAUCCCUUUUCCAUUGGGCUGAUUUGGGUAAGUGCCAACUUGAAUGUCCUUGCUUUUUCAACAGGUAUGCUUGCACCAGAAUUCGGGUUUGGAUUCCGGUAUGCUAGCUACACAAUUCUGGGCUUUUUGGUCGCUUGGGGGGUGUUCCCUGCCUUUUUUUCGUUGUUUGGACAUAAACUCGGUAUUCGCCAAAUGGUACACACACGAUACUCCUUUGGCUAUUUUGGUGCAUGUAUUGUGUCCAUCUUAAAUGCAGUCACGGGUAUCGGAUACAUGAUCUUGAACGCUAUCUUAGCUGGCGAAACCUUGCAAGCCGUCUCGCCGCAUGGUAGUAUGUCUGCGACUGUCGGCAUUGUGAUUGUAACUGUGCUGGCUUUGAUUGUGUCCUUCUUCGGUAUCCGCGUGCUCAACAUGAUUGACAUGGCCUUUUGGCUUCCUGUGUUGAUAUGUUUUGCUAUUAUGGCUGGCGAAACGAAGAGUGGCGCGGAGGGCCUGCAUGUUUUCAACAAUGAGCCAACACCCUCAGCACGUUCUGUUUUAGCUAUGGGUUGCUUAACGGCAGGCUAUUACGCUACAUAUGCGGCUUUUGCCUCUGAUGUGAGUUUGUACUACGACCGACGACAAUCGUCUUCCCUGUUAUUCAUAUGUGUCAUGGUGGCGCUUGUUUUCUCUGCACCUCCCAUCAUGAUGCUGGGCGCUGCUUUUGCGACAUCAGCUCAAUCCAUACCAGCCUGGGAAACACAGAUCGAGGCCAAUCCCUCGCCAGGUCCACUUAUCAACUAUAUUCUCUCUUCGCAUUUGGGCUCGUUUGGGAAAUUCCUUACUGUUCUUAUUGCCCUCUCCGCUGUGAGUAAUAUUAUGACGACGUUCUAUUCGAUGGGACUGAGUGUACAAACAGCUCUUCCGUUCCUGACAUUUUUGCCGCGUUUCGUCAUACCCAUUCUAGCCACAGCUAUUGUGUUACCGUUGGCUAUUGUGGGUCAGAACAGCUUUUAUUCCGCACUCACCAACUUUGUGAGCAUUAUUGCCUACUGGGCUGCCCUCUUUAUUGGUGUUGUCCUAGCUGACUUUUUUGUUAUUCGUCGUGCGCGAUUCUCGUCGUACGACGUGACGAUGUGGAAUGAUUGGCGUCGCUUGCCCCCCGGCAUCGCUGGCAUUGUCUCGGCGCUUUUGCCAUUGGGCCUUGUCAUUCCCUUCAUGGACCAAGUUUGGUACACGGGUCCAUUGGGCGAAAUAGUAGGCGACCUCGGUUUUGAGAUUGGCCUUGGCCUCUCGUUUCUUUUCUACUGCCUCUUGCGUCCGUUGGAGCGCUGGGUCUUUGGACGCUAA